AUGGCUCUGGUGCAUGGGACCUGCAGCAGAAACAUGGAGAGGUCAGACCACGAUAUGAAAGGAAAGUCCAAGAGGAAGAGGAGGAGGAGGUGUAAAGGCAAAGGUACGAGCAGUUUGGAGGUGAAAGAGAAUCAGGAUGAUAAAAUCCAGGUGGACUGCGACUUACUACGAAAGUAUCAUCCAUCAACUUUUUGCACAACUUUCCCCAGACACGGACCCAAAGCCCUGAAGAGGAAGCAGCCGUUGGUGGAUGGAAAGGACCGGCUGCUCUACCAAAGCCACUUGACCUGUAAAAGAGAGACCUGGGCUGUUACUCAGAAGAACGCGCUGGUGCAGCUGAACGAGUUACGACCCGGGCUGCGGUAUGAGAUCGUCUCAAAGACUGGUCCUCUGCACGCUCCGGUGUUUUCUGUAGGUGUGGAGGUCAACGGUCUCCGUUUUGAGGGUCGAGGACCUACAAAGAAGCAGGCUAAGAUGAGGGCUGCAGAGCUGGCUCUCCGGUCAUUCAUCCAGUUCCCAAAUGCUUCCCAGGUUCACGCUGUUAUGGGGAACUUCACCAGCACACCUAUGGAUUUUACAGCAGAUAAACUGGACAUCCCUGAUGCAUUCCUCAAAGGGUUGGAGCCAUCGCUGUGUGAGAACUGUGAUCUCCUGCACUGCAACACAGCAAAGAAGGAGGUUUUCUCCAGCAUUUACAACUACAAACGACUUGUUCAACUCACACUGGACUUGGUCUCCUCGACAAAUCCAAAAAGACGAGCCCUCAGCACAUCACUUUUAGAGCACCUCAGCCCAGUGGCGCUGCUCAAUGAGCUGCGACCAGGACUCAGGUAUAUGUGCCUGGCGGAAAGAGUUCAUGGCAGAGUGAUGAGGAAUUUUGUAAUGGUGGUAAGGGUGGAGGGCAGGGUGUUUGAAGGGUGCGGUCAUAGUAAAAGACUGGCAAAGGCACAGGCAGCAGCAGCCGCCCUGCAGUCUCUUUACAACAUGAGUCUAGGACCGGAGAGGAAGGUCAUGGGCCUCCAGGGCAGCAGAGCCAAAAAUCAGCUACCUCUGUUCUUCGCCGAGUCAAUCUUCCACCUGGUGAGAGAGAAAUACACGGAGCUGACAGACAGCUGUUUCUCUACCUCGCACGCCCGUCACAAGGUCCUGGCAGGCAUCGUAAUGACCAGAGGGUUUGACCUCCGAUCAGCCCAGGUCGUGUCUCUGGCCACAGGGACUAAGUGUCUGGACCUGGACCAUGUGACCGACCGCGACUCGACGCUCAGCGACUGCCACGCUGAAGUCGUCAGCAGAAGGGCGCUGGUUCGAUUCCUGUAUACUCAGCUGGAGCUGCUGCUCUGUAAGUCAGCAGACGGUGGGGAACCAUCGAUCUUUGUAGCAAAUAAAGGCGGGUUACAGCUGCGGGACGGCGUCCUCUUCCACAUGUACGUCAGCUCGUCACCGUGUGGAGACGCUCGACUCAACUGCCCCUACGAGACCACAACUGCAUGUGAGAGAAAAACACAUUUAGAUCACCCCAGCAGGAGGUUUCGCUGUCACCUGAGAGUGAAGGUGAACGGAGGCGAGGGGACGCUGCCGGUCACGGCACGGAGAGCCAAUCAGAAAUGGGACGGCGUGUCACCGGGUAAACCUCUGGUCACCAUGUCCUGCACUGACAAAAUGGCAAAGUGGAGCGUCGUGGGACUCCAGGGGGCACUCCUGUCUCACCUGGUGGAGCCGGUUUACCUGCACAGCCUCACGGUGGGGACGUUGAGCCACACGGGUCACCUAGGCAGAGCCUUGACACGCCGCCUCGCACCCGUCAAGCACCUGCCCCUCCCCUACCGCCGCCGGCGGGUGCUGCUCAGCUGUCUGAGCAGCAACGAGGUUCGGCCUGCGGGGAAGGCCCCAAACAUCAGCGUAAACUGGAGCUGCGGUGAUGGAGGCCUGGAGGAGAUCAGCACCUCCACAGGAAGGAGAAGGGACGCUGGGACGCCGUCACAGCUCUGCAGGAGCUCCCUGUUUGCCCGCUGGCAGAGGCUGCAGCAGCAGUUGAAUGGCCAGAUAUCGGGCGCAGAAGCUGCGACAGGGACAUACUGUGGCUCCAAAAUGGCUGCUGGAUGCUACCAGAGGGCGCUGCAGCAGUUUACUGGAGCUCUGCAGGUUGGAGGUCUGGGAACGUGGCUCAGAAAACCUCCACAGCUGGAUCACUUAAACGUCAGUGUGUGA